AUGUCAACAAAAGAAAGACUCAACUUAUUGGCUGUGCUGUUCCUGCUGAGCACAUCUGUGGUGUACGCCCUCGAUGAAGAUGAACACAAUGCCAAGAUUACAGAUUUUCGCAUAGCUCCUGCCGACGAGCAGGGUGUCUUCAAAUACGCCUAUGCCACCAGUAAUGGUAUUGCCGUCCAGGCAGCUGGCAGUCCUUUGGAAGCAAUUGGUAUCUACAGUUACACCUCACCUGAAGGUGUGCCCAUUGAAGUCCGCUACAUUGCCGAUGAAUUGGGUUUCCAUGUCGUUGGGCGCCAUUUACCUCGGCCACCACCAAUUCCCGACUAUAUUCUUCGCUCUAUUGAAUACAUCAAAGCCCAUUCGACCCCAGCGCCACCUGUGGAAUAAAAAACCAACUAUAAUUUGGAUAUAUAUUUUGUGUGCUUUAGUGCCUAGUGUUUAAGUAGAAAAUAUUGUUAAAAUUGUUUUGUUUUAGUGAAGAAUGAAGAAAGAAAAAAAUAUUGACUUUAUUUGUUAAGUGAACAGUAUUUAAAGAACAAGAACAAAAAAAUAUGAAAAAUAAAUUAUUUAUAGAUAAAACAAAAG